AGCGGAGUUUAGGAGGAGACAGAGACUCAGGAGGGUGCGAGGAAGUGUCUUAGCUGAGCUGGGCUAGGACGGGAAGGUAGACCGAAGCUGCCGGUAGCACAUCCUGCUGGGUCUGAGCUCCCAGAGGCUCUAGUUCUGCAUGCCGGGAAGGGCUCUAAGCACCCUCAGACCUCUUACUCUGAGGUUCACGCAGAUCCUUCAGGGUGCUUGCUGAGCUGGUGACCUAAUUCUGGAACUGGUGUCCCUGGGACUCAGUGUCCAGCUUCACUCCAUUUACUACCAUGGAAGAUGACGGUUACAACUACUAUGGGGCUGACAACCAGUCUGAAUGUGACUACGCAGACUGGACGCCCUCUGGAGCGCUCAUCCCUGCCAUCUACAUUCUGGUUUUCCUUCUAGGCACCACAGGCAACGGCCUGGUGCUCUGGACCGUGUUUCGGAGCAGCCGCGAAAAGAGACGCUCAGCUGACAUCUUCAUUGCCAGCCUGGCAGUGGCUGACUUGACCUUUGUGGUGACUUUGCCACUGUGGGCCACUUAUACCUACCGGGAGUUUGACUGGCCUUUUGGAACCUUCUCUUGCAAGCUCAGCAGCUACCUCAUCUUUGUCAACAUGUAUGCCAGUGUCUUCUGCCUCACCGGCCUCAGCUUUGACCGAUACCUGGCCAUUGUCAGGCCAGUGGCCAAUGCUCGCCUGAGGCUGCGGGUCAGCGGGGCCGUGGCCACAGCAGUCUUGUGGGUGCUGGCUGCCCUUCUAGCCGUGCCUGUCAUGGUGUUCCGUUCCACAGACAUCCCAGAGAACGGCACCAAGAUCCAGUGCUACAUGGACUACUCUAUGGUGGCCACUUCAAACUCAGAGUGGGCCUGGGAGGUGGGUCUUGGGGUGUCCUCCACUGCCGUGGGCUUUGUGGUGCCCUUCACCAUCAUGCUGACCUGUUACUUCUUCAUUGCCCAAACCAUCGCUGGCCAUUUCCGAAAGGAGCGCAUUGAGGGCCUGCGGAAGAGGCGGCGGCUGCUCAGCAUCAUCGUGGUGCUGGUGGUGACCUUUGCCCUGUGCUGGAUGCCUUACCACCUGGUGAAGACUCUCUACAUGCUGGGCAAUUUGCUGCACUGGCCCUGUGACUUUGACAGCUUCCUCAUGAACGUCUUCCCCUACUGCACCUGCAUCAGUUACGUCAACAGCUGCCUCAACCCCUUCCUCUAUGCCUUCUUUGACCCCCGAUUUCGCCAAGCCUGCACCUCCAUGCUCUGCUGUGAUCAGAGCGGGUGUAAAGGCACCCCUCACAGCAGCAGUGCCGAGAAGUCGGCGAGUUAUUCCUCUGGGCACAGCCAGGGCCCUGGCCCCAACAUGGGCAAGGGAGGAGAGCAGAUGCACGAGAAAUCGAUUCCCUAUAGUCAAGAAACCCUUGUGGACUAGGGCUGGGGCCAGAGGGAAGCCUGGUGCCUCUGGUCUGACCCAAGCUUUAUCCUCACGCGCUGAGAAGCAGGUGGCAUGGCUGUACCUUCUCCGUGGCGCCUCACUCCCUUCUCUGCUGGGCUCCAGCUCUGCCUUGCCCCUCUCAGACGUUUGUGGUUUAGGGGAAAAGGGAUGGAGCCUUGCAAACAGCUCAGCUGUUCAACAUUUCCGAGCUUGACCUUGCACAAGUCUCUUAACUUCCUUAAACUUCAGUUUCUUUGUUUGUAAUAAGUGGGGGGAAGGAUAUAUGGACCCUAAAAUGUUGACGUGUGUGAGUUCUGACCGAAUUUGUUUCUUUCUGCCAUUUUUCUCCGCCCUCUAGCCCCACUUUUGUUUUCUCUGCUGCAGAAAUUAUUUCUGCCAACUACUCACUUUCUAGCUCUAACUCUUUCUCUUCUAGUGGGUUCCUCCCCCUCGAACCUUCCUGCCUGUGCCCUCAGUGCCUUCUUCCCUGCUGGGCUCUUAAGGGUUAAGAACCCUGAAACUUGAAGGGUCAGGUAUCCUUUGAGUUCUUGUCCUGUUUUCUGUGAGGCAGCAGGUGGCUGUAUAUAGGCAAAGAAUUAGGGCUCUGGAGACCAGAGCCAGGAGCUCUGGAUCUUUCAGAAAAGUUGGAUCAGUUCAUUGUUGGUCCAGACACCAGGGCUAGACCGGAUUUUUGAAUAGAGAUUUUUCUUUGGCAGAAUCUCUGUGAUGCUUACUGAAUAGCGCAUCCUACCAAUAACCCCGUAUGCUUCCUGUCAUUUUAAAAAAAUGUCUGUAAGAAUUUCAAGGCAACAGGACUGAAGAAGCUGUGGAUGGCCCCGUCCCUAUGAAGGGGGAAUUGGGAAGGGAAAACAGAGAAAGGAUCAGAGGGGAGUCUGUAUUUAGUUUGUAUGCUGCUUGCCUCCCCUCCCCCAAUCCUCAUCCCUCCACCUCCUACAGAACUGUGAACUGUAGCGCGGAUCUUUCCUCUGUAUCCUCCCCCACCCCACCAUCUCUGUAGGUUUUGGUGCUACUUGGCACCAAGGGUCACUCACUUGUUAGGUAAAGCUAUUUGCUUUUUUGUAUAUAUGGGUAUAUAUAAAUGUAUAUGAACGUGCACACACACACACACACACACACACAGGUGUCACAUAGACUUCAUUGAUGAAGGAUUAGGGUGAACUCCCACUCACUUUCCCCUGUGCCUCUGUAGGUUUCACGGGCCACUUGGGGAAGAAUGGACAUACGGAGGGAAUGUAGAAUAGAUAUGGGUCCACCCCCACUGGAUUUGGGGGACACCGACGGCUGGUCCGUAUUUAGGAAAGAAGUCUAUGUUUGUGCUAGGCUUUCUGUAGGGAGCCGUGACUCCCUCAGUAGCAUCUGGUCCUAAGGUAGCUGGGGAAGUCUGGAGCUGGGCCCCAGUUCCUCUCCCAGUGCCACAGUGGCAGGAACGGACUCACAGACUAUAGCAUGGCCCUUCUCCUCCGUCCCUCCCUCCCUGCCUCUGCCUUAUUUCUCACCCCUCUCGUUCUCUUCAAGGGCCUGUGGACCUCUUUCUAAGGAGGCCGCUUUCUUGCCACAGGAUGAAGGACAUAGGGUGAGCUUUUGUGCUCCUCUCCAUCAGGACUAAGCCUCUUGGCUCCUAUAGGGGGAGAAAGGUCGGGUGGGAAAGAGUGACUGGAGCCGCUGUGGGGGUCUCAAGGACAAAAUUAAUAGUGGGGCGUUUGUGAGCUGGAAAUGGGUGUGCGUAUUCCGGGUUUUGUUCUUGGAGGGCUCUGGAAACCGAGGACAAGACAUAAGCCAUGGAAACAGGAAGAGCCUGGCUAGAGGCAGUUGGACCAUCUCUGGCAGAGAUCCUGCUCCUGGGGCAGAAAAGGGAGUUGUGGUGGUGGUGGUGGGUGGAGAAACCAGCUCCCCUUAGCUGAGCUCUGCAUGUCUCAGGCCAGAAACGUUCACACAACUACUUUCUCUGCCAGGCCAUCCUCAAAGCAGCCAGUGCACGCUGCAGGAGGCUUCUGGGAGACAGGAAACUCAACCGUAGCAUGGGACAGAUAGCAGCAGAGGCAGCCUCUUCUCUCCACCCCGACUCUUCCUUCAGAAUGUGCUUUUAUUUUUUUUUUCUUCUGAUCUUGUUAGUCACUGUGGUUCAUCAAAUAAAACUGUUUUGUGUA